CAUAACCGUUAUCAAACAUGAUAAUAUCUGUCCAGUUUUUCAUGCACUCUAUACAAGUCAAGUGCUUAUAUUCUUUGAUACGCUCUCCCCCCCCAGAGUACUUGUUUGUUAAGCAAGGUUUCAAGUUUGAUUAUGAAGAUGAAUGCAUCAGGUUUCCUCAAGAAGAUCUUGUCUAUAGUAAGCAAGGCCAAGUCAGCAGCUGAUCUCAAGAACAGGAUGAGGAAAAUCAAGACCAGAUUUAUGAUUUACUCUCUUCUCAGCACUGACAGGAAGGUGCUCUUUGGAUCUAUCUCCCACAAACUCCAGGGUUUAAUCCAGGAUCAAAACGAGGCGGCGGCAGCAGCUGAUGAGCAUGAAAGUAAUCUCCGAUUGCAGCUAGCUCCUGUCCUCUAUCACGAUGAUGUCAAUGCCACCAUGCUCCCACUCAAUGUCACCAAAAUAGAAGCACAUGAUGACGGUGAUGAUGAUGAAGAGGUGGCAGAUACGCGUUCUCAGGACGAGGAGGAAGAGGAAGAGGAGGAGGUGCUGGAUCAAAAUACUGUAGAAGUUGCAGAAGAGGAGGAAAUUAAUGACUUUGUAGUAUUAGCACAGGAUGAGGAAAUUAAUCAAGAAAAUGAGGAAGAUGAUGAUAAUGGUAAGAUGAAGGAUAUAUAUCCGGAUCUCAGGCACUCGCUGUUUGAAGACGACGAGUAUGAACUGGGGAGGCCUGGCGCGGUGAUAGAGUUGGUGAAGAAGACGAAGGAAGUUCAAGAUGGAGAAGAGUUUAAGCUUGAAGACCAGAUAGAUGAAGUUGCAGACUUGUUCAUUCAGCGCUUUCAUCGCAACAUGUGGAUUCAGAAGCAGAAUUCUUUCAAAAGAAGAUCAAGCACAACUUCUUGCUCUACCUGAUGAAAUAUUAUUUGUUACUUUCAAGUUGAGCAGAGUUUUUCAAUUUAUUUUUACUUGAGGGAUGGACAUGUAAUUUUAGUGUGACUGUCUCUUGCUCAUGUUCCAGCAAAAUCUACUUACAGAAAAGAUUGUCUUUGUUAUGUAAGUACUUGCAAUUUAAUUUUUAAUUAUGAUUUAUGUAGCA